AACUCGUUGUGUUACAGGGUAUUUUUUAACUUAAACUUCGAAGCCAUGUAAAACAGUUGCUUAAGCAUAGAACAAAGUAUAUUACCUGUUUCCGAUACUUACCUGACAUAUUUAAAGCUCCGCAAUCAUCUGUCUACAAUUCUAAGGCUUCUCAAACUAUUAUCGGCGUGCAAUCAACCCCAUCUUGCUUUCCUCAAUCAACAAGUGUAAAGCAACGGGACUUUAUAAAAUACUUGCCCCUAGUCCUUCGCUGUCCCCUAACUUCUCAACCACUAUUUCAGUACUACCCGCCACGACACCUACCACCUACAACCACCAGUAGCACCCUAGUAUUACUGCCUAUACACUAUCGCCAGCUGAAACUACAUCAUGGACGAAUUAUAUUACGAUACCUUCGGCUGGGAUUAUGAUGUUGAUCAGGAGGAUUCAAACGUCGUGGACCACCUGCGUACCUGCUCUAUCUACGACGUACCGUGCGAUAGUUGCAGGGAAUUGGAUGCACUCUGUUAUACAUGUAUGGCGAAGCUGAAGCGCCAUGCCUGUCAGUGCCGGCGUAAUACGCGACAAGCAAAGAAGGCCUCCCAGGAGAAAACAAUAACGACCUGUUUUACCGAUCACAAAGCUUCUACCGACUUUGAGGCCCAACCAUUCAAGAGGUCCCUCGGCAUCGCAGCCCCUCCACUAAGCAGCAGGCAUGAAUUCAGAUCUCGUCUUUCGAUGCCUGAUAACGCUCUAGAUCAAUAUUGGAGACUACAAACCCACCAAACCCUUUCCGCCGGGAACUACAGUAUGGUGCAGAUUUACGAGGAAUAUCACUUUACUGAACUCAACGAUAAGUCUGACACAUACGAGCCUCAUUUUCUACCGGUUGGUGUAUUCCUUAAGCCGCCCGUCGCCGAUUACGUCUCCAAUAUUAUAAUAAGGCGAUCAAGGCUGGUGCAAUUGCCGUAUAUCACGUGUCAAGGGAUUGGACGUACUGUAUAUACGCUUUCAUACAUGCGUAGUACUACACACGCGAUCGGAGUCUGGGCAAGUUGCGAGGACGAUUCCUGGCUGAGGAUUAAGGACUGGUUUGAGAAGAAGAGGAGACUGGUCAAGACGGAAGGGGUGAUUGGGGCUCUAUUCGGAAUUUGGAAACUUACUCAGUUCGAUGUCGACUAAAGGCCAAGGUUGAACUAGAGCUAUCUUAUAACAACAACACCUAACACUCAACCCCAGGCACGGGAUCCCUCCUAUAUAACGAGCUGUAAUGAAAUAGCCCCAGUAUGAAGGGUCUGCUUCCCAAGUUCAUUUCUAAAACUUCGAGCCGAGACGUGGAAGACGGAGCCUUCUCAGAAGUUUGUCCUUCAAAAAAUGGGUAGUACCGGUAGGAAAUAAAUCAACGAGACCAAUAAUAUAUAUAUAUAUAUAUAUAUAUAUAAAAG